UUAGUUAAAAUAUUAAAUCUUUAGGUGUAUGUAUAUUAAUGUGCUCAUAAUUUCAUGUCUUUUUAAAAUAUUACUGCAUAGUACAUACAUAGUUAAAUUGUAAAGCAGCUAAAGGUUGGUUCAUUCAGUGUAAUAUUGGUAUUAUAUAUACUAUAUUACUGAUAUUAUCACUGGUAUAUAUACAUACAUACUGUAUAUCCACAGUGUAUUUAAGUAGAUACAAUUUGGUAUGGGUGCGACAGCAAAUUAAAAAACUGAAAAUUAAAUAGAAAGUGUUGAAUGUGGUUGAAUGCAAUAUACAGUGUAUGUUUUAUAAGUUUUAAUAAGUUUUGAAGAAAAGCACGAUGAAAAUUGCUUGUUAUCAUAUAAUUAUUUUUUAUAGUGCCAAGUUAUGACAUUCCAAUAAUGUUAAGUACAAUUAAUUAAUAGCAAUAAACAAUCUAUUCUUUCUUAACAUAAACUACCUCUUAUUUGUAUAACUGUAAAAUAUUGUAACUGACAAUGUUUAAGAAAUUAUUAGAACAUAAUAUAACCAGUUGUGAUGAACAAUUUUUUUGUCAUUUAUGUAUGUCUGAACAAUCAAAUUUAGAAGAUGCUUUAUACCACAUUAAUGAAGAAAAGCACCAGUUAUUAUGGUCGGAUCAAACAGUUAACAUUUUGAAAGACUGUGAAGAACAAACCUAUCAGAUACUUAAAGAUAACAAAGUAGCUAUAAUUGCUUUAAGUAGUUUAAUUGUACGUCUUGUUAUUGCAGUUUUCCAGAUUUAAUUAGUACUUUACAACAUGUUCAAAACAAAUGUCAUAUUGAUCAAUUAAAAAAUAAACGUGUAGUCUUAAAUUGUGGUAAAGAUAACAGUGAAAUAUGUAUUGCAUCUGUUAAGUCAAAGUUAUCAAAAGUGAGAAAAAAGAAACUUGAUUCAUCUGAUAAGUCCUUGUUGUUAAAAGAUACAUUCACAUAUAAACAUGAAACAUAUGAUUCAUAUGUUUCCCAAGGACAUAGUAAAUACGUACCAUUUGAGUUUUUUAGAAUAGUAUAUAACUAUUCAAAUGAAGAUUGUCAAACUCUUGUUAAUAACAGAAUACUCAAAUUUGAAUAUUAUCAAUUGAUGUGUCAAUGUUGUUAUCGAUGUUGUUUAACUCCUAGCGAUAUUUUACAACACAUUAUGGCAAUGAAACAUACAGAGACAAAUACAACAUUAAAUGAAAGGGAAUCUAAACAAAUUCAGCGCAUACCUAUUAACUCUGAAGUAAUUAAAAAUGUGGUAGAAUCAAAUUUAGAUGAAGUAAAAGAAAACUAUAAGAGUAAAAUUGUUAAUUUAUUACAAUACAUAAGCGUGAGAACUCAGCAAGAACAGAAUGUAAAUAAUAAUGAAGAUUUAUCAUCUAAUGAUUUAAUAUGUGAGCUUGUAAGUGUCAUUGCCUUCCCCAGAUCAUAUUUACCACAUAUCAAAGGAAGGCAACAUGUCAGUUUAUUAGCUAAAGUUAAUCAAUUACCUCAGAGUACAGAACAAAAUGAUAAUGACAAUACAAAAUUAGAUUUAUUUGAAAACAAAUAUACAUCUCAAAUAACAGUCAUGGAUAUACUUUCAAAAAAGGCAAAAACAAAAGAUCAUCAAUCAAAUUUAAAAUUUAACAUUGACUGCAAAAUUUGUACAACAGCAUGUGUGAAGAAUUGUUUGAAAAAGUAUGAUCAGAUUUUUCUAAGUAAUAACAUUACAAUAGAAGGAUCUAAAUUUAUAUGCACACUGUGUGAACGAACAUGUAAUUCAUUACAUAAUGUUUUACAACAUAUUAAUGGAAAGAUUCACAUCAACAAAUUAAAAUGUCAAGAUCAAAACUCAAAUAUUUGUAAAACUACAUACGCUAUAUGUACAAAUUCUGAUAAUGAUAGAAGUGCAAAUCAGAAACCAACUGUUAACUUUUCAAAGAAUAAAAUGAAUGUAAGUGUAAAUGAAAAAUUGAGCCUAAAUGAUACAUCCAAACAGGAAGAUUUAAUAAAUAUUGCGGAAAAAGAUAGAAUCAACGAAAUACAAGAUAAUAGUAAUAAUACUAAUGCUUUCAACAAAUCUUUGUAUUUUUGUGAAUUAUGCAGUAUACAAAUAGAUAUUAAGAAUUUACAUGAGCACAUUAAUACAGUAAUUCAUAAAUGUAACAUACCUGCUAUGAGUAUAAGAGAUGAUAUAUUUUUAUUUAAAUGUUUUUGUUGUAAAUCAAUAAUACAGGGAACUAAUUCAUUAAUUACUCAUUUAAAUUCAACAAAACAUUUAAACAACUUGAAAAAUACUUUGAUACAUAUUAAAACAAAUAACAUUAAAAUAUUUCCACAAUCACCUGAUGAUACUCAAAACAUAUUAGAAGGUACAAAAUCUGCACUUUGUAGUGUUCUCUUUCCAAAAAUAGGAAAUGAACCUAUGUAUUAUCAGAAAGUGCCUUAUAUCUUUUGAUACUUCAAAUAUUGUAGUUUGUGAUGAUAUCAAGAAUAAAAUUACCUAUUCCUGUUUAAUUUGCAGAGUAAUAUUAAACACAUGUCACAAUUUAAGAGAACAUUGUCAAGCACGGAUGCAUCUGUGGAGAAUUAAACGAAUUUCCACAGAAACAUUAAACGAUUCUAGUAAAACAUUAAACUGUCCCAAUAAUAAAAUGGGGAAAGAACAGACAACUACUGAUAAUUGUUUUGAUAUAACAAGUGAUAUAAAUGAACAAAUUACAAAGCUUCUACAUGUUUCUCCAUUUAAAUCAAAUUCAUCAGAAAAACAUGAUCAUAAAAGACAAAGGCUAGUAAAACGUUUGAAUAAAGUAUAUUGUGAAGAAUUUUUGGAAAUUGAGGAAAAAAUGUAUACCUUGGAUAAAAAAAAGUUGAAUAAUAUGGAAUUAAAUUUUAAACCAUUUAUGCCAUAUAGUAGUAAAAACUUUUAUUGUUUAGCUUGUAAUGAUACUGUUUCAAAAGAAUUGGAUUUAUUAUAUGAACAUGCAUGUCUUGACGCACAUAAAUUUAAGUUAAAUACAAUUAAAGAAGAUAAAGACUCUGAAAAAUUGAUAAAGCAAUAUAUGCAGAAAAUUUCAGAAGAUUCCAUAAAAUGUCAUAUAUGUAAAAGUUGUAUCAAAAAUGAUACCGAUAAUAUUGAUGCUCAUAUUAAUGAUAAGAUGCAUAAGAAAAAAUGUGAAACUUUUUGUGCAGUUAUAGAUAAUGCUUUUAAUUCGAUAACACAGAAUCUUACAAAUUUAUGGUAUAGCAUUCAGAAAUUUUCGUGUGUUCCAUGCGAAAAAAGUUUCAAUUAUAAAAUGGAAUUUAUAGAACAUAUUGUUACACAUAAGAAACAUUCAACAAAGGAAAUAUAUGAUUUUUGUAUUCCAUGUGCAACAUUAUGGUUGGACACAAAAAACUGUUAUACAAAACAUUGUGAUGAUCCAGUGCAUAAAUAUUUAAUAAAAAGUAAAGAUUUUAUGGUUGAAGAUCUUCCUGAAAGUAUAAAGAAAUUAUUAGAUCAAGUUGACGAAAUUUCUGAUGUUUUAUUUGAACAAACACAAAUUUUAAUGAAUGACACUAUACAAAAGGAAGUCACACAAUCUUUGGAAAAUGCCUUGAAAUCAUUUUAUCCCUCUAUUAAAGCAUUUUUAUUCGGAUCUAGAAUUACUGGACUUGGAUCUAUAAAUAGUGACAUAGAUAUAUAUCUUGAUUGUGGAAAUACAUACUAUCAAGAUCCAGAAGAAUCCUUAAAAAAGAAAUAUUUCAUAUCUAUUGAGAAAAUUUUACAUCAACAAAAGAAAAAAUGGGAAGUGAAAGAAAUAAUAGAGUCAAGAACUCCUAUAAUAAAGUUGUUAUAUAAACCAACAAAUACACAAUGUGAUAUUUCUCUUACAAAUGGUCUUUCAGUUGAAAAUUCUAAACUAAUAAGGUCAUUUAAUGAUGCAUAUCCACCGUGCAGAAAACUAAUACUGUUCAUUAAGAAAUGGUUAUCUUGUUUCAAUUUACCUUCAAGGCAUGGUUUAACAAAUUAUGCUAUUGCUUGGAUUGUUAUAUUUUAUCUACAGUUAAAUAUGCAUUUACCAAGUGUUGCUACAUUAAUAAAAGAGAAAAAUAAAUCUAGAAUUAUAUGUGGAUGGGAAACUGGUGUUGCACAACCAAAGAAUAACAAUAAAUCUGUGCAAUCUCUUUCUAUGUUAUUAUUGGGUUUUUUUCAAUUCUAUGCUAAUUUUGAUUAUCGAUAUUACAUUAUUUGUCCACUUAUGGGUUACGCCUUAGCAAAAAAAGAUUUUAUAAAUCUAGAUAUGCUGCCCAAAGAAAUGAAUCCUUAUAUCAAUCAUUUAAAUGAAUCUAACGAUCCGGAAUAUUUUCGGAUUGAUUCUUCAUUAUGUGUGCAAGAUCCAUUUGAUUUAUCCCAUAAUCUGACAAAAGCUGUCAGUAGUAUUACUUUAAAGUAUUUUAAGCAGUAUUGUCAAGAUAGUGCAUCUAUAUUAAGCUCGAAAACGAAGUGAUAUAAAGAUAAGUACAAAGGAUUCGUCAAUUAGAAAUAAGAAAAUACACUAAACGUAUUCGUGAUUUUUUAUAAUGACAUAUUACCUAUAUGACGAGAAAAGAUAUAUUUCUAUAAUUUUAUUAGUACCUCAUAUUUUUCUGUAACUUAAUCGUAUCUUAUCGUAAGAUUUGUGUGCCUUGUAUGCCUCAACCAAGUGAUAUUUGUUUCAGUAACUUUAAACAUGGUGCUACAAGUAAUUAUAAAGUUUUUUAAGGGAAUGUAUAUUUUCACAAACAUUGUGCUAUCAACUUUUAUUUUUAUUAUAUGUAUUUAAAUCGUGAUGAAUAUAUAUUUUUAUAUGACGUGUAUUAUUAAAAAUCAAAGUUAUAUAUUCAGUUUCAGCUACUGUUACGUUUAGAAUUGAUAUUGAAUACUUUAUUUGACUUAAUUUUGAAGAAUUAUUUAUAAAAUGUUACAUUCUUGUGUAUUUUAUGUUAUUGUUAUCAACUGUACCUAUGUAAUAAUUGUUAUUUAGUUACUAUGUUAAUUAUAAGAUGUAGUAGGAUGUGUACUACAUGUAUUCUUGUACCAAAGGAAUUUAAACCAUUAAAAAAUAAUGUACAAUAAAUUGCUGUUAUAAAAUAGUUUAAUAAAAUAA